CUUAGUAGCAAUUUUUGAUCUUACAUCUUUUCAGGAGAAACUAAUGCUGAAAGAAUGCAGAACCACAGAUUUCAAGAAGCUUUCCCCCAGUCUCCUCCUUUCCAUUUCCUUUGGGAAAAAAUGUGUGGGGUCUUCUUUGUCCUGGUUGCAUGCACAAUGGAAGCCUCUGCUUUCAGAAUCCAGCAAGUGGAAAGCACGGAAAAAUGCCCAGAUCACACCGUGUUUUUCAAACACUACUAUGAACUGCAUGGAGAACCUGUGGUUCUGAAAUGCCCUUCCCCCAGAUACAAACAUUUGGAUUUUUCUGCCUUGACCCUUAAUAUCACAUGGUAUAAAAAUGAUUCAAAAACCAUGAUAUCAGGAAGAGAGGAAGAUCCAAGAAUUUGGGCAAAAGGAGAUGCACUCUGGUUUUUACCAGCAAUGUUAGAAGACUCAGGAGUAUAUAUCUGCACCAGAAGGAAUGUCUCCUACUGUGCUGAGGUGUCCAUCCACCUCACAGUGGUGGAAAAAACAGCUGCUCGUGAGAUCGCCUAUCUCCAAGUCCUUUUCACUUUCACUGCUGGAAAUGUCGUUUGCCCUGACCUGUGGGACUUUACACAAAAUAAAACAGACCUGGAGCUCAGGUGGUACAAGGAUGCGCUGCCUUUGGAAGACAAUAAUGAAAAAUUUGUAAAACUAGAAGGUUCAACUUCUCUGAUCAUCACUUCAGUAUUACCGACAGACUCUGGCUAUUAUACCUGCAAGAUGUCUUUUCCAUAUGAAGGUGUAACAUAUGAAAUCACCAGGACAAUUCAACUGCAGACUGUUGAACAAGAAAAGAGAAUUACUCCAGUAAUUGUGUAUCCAACUCAAAAGACUACAUCAGCUGCUCUUGGCUCCAGGAUGACUCUCCCAUGUAAAGUGUUUGUUGGACUGAGCAGCCAUGUCUAUACUGAGGUAGAAUGGCUUGCAAAUGACACCAUCGUUGAUGUGGCUUACAAGCAAAGCAGAGUUACAGUUGGGGAACAACAAGAAACCAUAGAAAAUGGUGAAAACUUCAUUGAAGUACCAUUGAUUUUUGAUUCUGUCAAAGAAGUGGAUUUUUACACAGACUUCAAGUGUCUGGCCUGGAACAGAUACGGACACCAAGUACUACCAACAAGGGUCAAGCAGGAAGCUGUCGGCAUGUCCUGGUACACUGCAAUGAUUCCCGUCGCAUUGGCCUGUAUGAUUGUGGGGGGGAUAUGCAUACACAAGUGCUGGAAGCGGAGAGCCGAUAAAGGAUAUAGAAUAGCGAAGGUUUAAACUCUGCUGUGUUCUCCAACUGCAAGCAGAAAAUGUUUCAUUCUGGAUAUCCUUCGCAUAAGACACAGAGAGACAUUUCAGAACAGGCCUGCUGCUUUCCCAGUGGAUGGAUGUAUAUCAGCUUGUUUUCCUCUUCUCCAAGUGUUCCAUGAUCUGACUAAGUUAUAAAUAUAAGUUUGUAUAAAACGCUGCCUAGAUGCAGGAAACCUCCUUCUAUUGUUUUUAUAACUAGAGUGCAAUUUAUAUUAUUUUGGAGCACUUAGAAUCCCAGAUUUGUGUCCUGAUUACAUGAAGUGUAGGGAAAAGGAGGUACUCCCACCCUUUCUACUUCCACUAGUCUUAUCAUCUAAAAAAAAGGAAAAGAAAAAUCCUAACACCUACAAAAAUAAAGUAAGGCGGCUUGCUCUAAAAGGAUGAUUCCACACCAGAGUGAAAGUAGUUUUCUUACAUACCCAGAUUCACUUUGUUUUACUUCAAUCUAAGAAGAACCAUUUUUUCCCCUCUUUCCAGAGCCAAAUACAGUUGUCAUGGCAACUGCAUGACCAUGAACUUUUCCACUUUUUUUUUUAACCAUUUCGAUUAAUCUUUGCUUAAGUGUCCUAUUUCAGAAUAUCCCUCCCCCAGGGGUAACUUCAUCAACAUAAUGGUUGCACGCUGGCUAAUUCAGAUCUGUUUAAUCUACAGACCUCUCAUAGCUAGAGAUUCAUAGGCAAGUGUAAUGUUAUUGUCUUUGCCAUGAAAAGAACUUGGAGAAUGUUUUAUUGUUUUGACAGUCAUUUGACUAAUGCCAGCUUUUAUUCUAGGAAGUGAUUUGACAAAUUAUCGGUAAUGAUGUGCAAUCUUGCCCUUCUGUGCUUCUAAUUCUUUUAUUACUGACCUGAUUCUCCUCUCUGAUAUGAAUAUAAAAGUGUGGAAUGGAUUCCCAUAAACAAUGAACCUGCACCAAUCUAAAACUGGUGCAGUUUCAGGAACCAUGUAUCCUUUAAAUUGAAGUAUGCAAACUGAAUACUCAUAAGGCAAAACACUUCCUAUUUAGGUUAAUCUAACUAGAUUCCAGUCUUGAUGCAGAUCAGGAGGGAGUAAAUAACUGGUAACCAUUGGUGAUAACCAAACAAGACCACAGGAAUUGUUGUUGUCAAGUGCAGGAUGCUGAAGAUGAGAAGAAAUACACGUUUUAUGGGCAGAUAGGAAAAAGCUGGCUGCAAAUGUGGAAAAAAGCCAAUCCACUUGGAUAUCUGUUCUUUGAAGGAAGAAAGCUAUAGGGGAACUAUUGCUGGAAGGAACAUGAAAAAAACAAGAAAGUUUUAGGUACACUGGUAAUGCCCAUUUUUAUCAGCAAUUGCUAGUCUCUAACUAGAGAUCAAAUUAGGUUUGUUAAUAAGUAUAACCUUUCAAAAGGUGACUCGUUCUUUCCAUCCAUCUGUAUCCUCCAAGAGCAUCAUAGCACAUCUGGCUGUAGGCAGCAGGGUUGGAUUUGACUAAGUGGUAGAAAAGAAAUAGAACUUUUGAUAUAUGGAAUAUUUGUGCCAUAAAAAGGUUAAAUACCUCAGAUCCUCCUAGAGGAGGGAAAGAAAUGUGAAUGUGAGAUAAAAAUUCAGGCAUACAGAGAACCGAUGUUACAUACUCAGUGGGGUCUUGAACGCAGUGGGAAUGUAAAGAAACAAAGGUUUAUCUUUUAAGAAGUAAGUGAUAUUUGCUUCUCUGAUUACUAGUAUACUAACAUGCUGAAGGCUUCCAUGGUAGGUAGACUUUUUCAAGUCAAGUAAAUGAUGUAAAUGUUUUACAUUGAUCUGUAUUGUUAUAAACAAAUGUAUCAUAGUCUGUACUGUUCUUGAGAAUGUUUCAUGAAAAAUGAAAAAAAUAAAACCCAAAAUAA